AUGCCCCAGCCCAAGCCUUGUGAGCAAGAGGGUGAGAGCGUGAAGGGUGGCCAGGAGCCAACUCCUCAGCCUGGCACGGAUGUGGUUCCAGCAGCCCCCAUGAAUCCCAGAAAAUGCUUCAAACUGGUCCAGCUGACAGCCUCCAAAGACAGAACCAAAGUGGCUGGGGCCAAACACAAAGGAGUGCACUGCAUCAUGUCCCUGGGGGCACCAGGCCCUGCCACCCUGACCAAGGCUCUCUUCAAGACUCAUCCCAAGGCUCAACAGACUAUUGAAGCAGCCCCCCAGGAGCCUGAGCAGAAGCAUAGCAAGCUGGACCUGGAUGACUCAGAAGAUAGCAGAUGGUCUGGGGUGUCUUCUUCAAGUCCCUAG